CCAUCUCACCUACCGCAAGACCUCGUGCCUCGUUACAAGACCUGAACCAAAGCAAAACAAACGGACAGACGGCAGCAACGACAGACUCGUUUGUCAAUCGGAUGGCCCAUCCGAGGUGAGAGCAUGAAGUCGCUGCGCUUUCUCUCAUCCGAGGCCUUCGUUCAUAGCGGCCCGAGUGCCGAGCAGAACCUGGCUUACGUGUCUUUCGACGCAUACCCGCACCUCUUCAAGGCCUGCUACUUGCACGAGCGGCCUGAGUUGUUGCGAGCGUUGGUGCGCACCUGGCCGCUGACCGAGCUCCACCUGGGGUCGCUUCUGGGCCGGACGCUCGACUGCCCCGACGACCUCACCUCCCGCACGUGCCACCUAUGUCUCAACGCACUUUGCAUCGGAUUGAAGGAUUACGUGCUGUCCCCGCCCGGCACGUAUGCCAAAAGCCUGCGUGUUGUGGACCUGACGUCCUUGAGGGAUGUGGAGCGGCAGGCGUGCCCAUGCGGGACCACCCUGGGCCGCUGGGCUCGCACCGGGUUGCUAAGCCAACUGUGCUAUGAGACGGUGACAGCCAUGGAGGGCGGCGACGACGUACCCCCCUCUGUGUUUGGCACCGCCGUGGACGUGCGUCUCAACGGCUUCGUCACGGGCCGUAACUACGAGCUAGUGACGCAGGCCUUGAUACUGGCGCGCUACGCGCCCCUCAAGCUACGCUUUGUGACAUUCCGCGCCGAUUCGUUGGCCCUCAAGCAACUCUUCUACGUCCUGCGACUGGCUCACCCCGAGGCGAUGACCAAACUGGAGGUGGUGCACAACGUUCCUCUGGAGACCGUUCACCUGGAGGUGCUCUUCUCCAAGGUGGACUUCCCUAGGCUGAGGUCCCUCACGCUGCCGACGGGGUCACUAGACGUCAGGAGGUUGGGAGCAGACGACCAACAGCUGAUGGCCGUCCUUGGGAACCUGAUGGCCAAACUCGGCAGCCUGACCGAGCUCUCCAUGGGAUUCUCCACGCUCACCGGACACCUGAGGAAACUGCUCAGCCCCCUACAGAGGCCGCUUGAAAGCUUGGAGCUGGCCAACUGCUGCCUGAGCCGCGUGGACAUGACCUACCUAGCCAACAGCCUGCACAGCGAGUACCUGUUGCACUUGGACCUGAGUGGCCACCCCGUUCUGGAAGACUUCCCCGCAGCCUUCAUAAAGUUACUGGGCCGCUGCUCGGCCUCACUGGCAAGCCUGGCCCUGGAGGAGUGCAGCGUAGAGGACGCAGCCGCCUUGGCAGACGCGCUGUCCCGCUGCCAGGCGCUGGAGGAGCUCAAACUGCUGGGCAACCCUCUGAGCGGCCCAGGCCUGCGGAGACUGGUGAGCGCGUUGGCGGCAGGAUUCCCCAAGCUGCGGUACGUGGAGAUUCCCGUUCCUCGCGAAUGUUACCCGGAGGACGUCACGUACCCGCUGGAUGACACGGCCCUGCUGCAUUACGACGGGGCGCUCUUUCGGGAGGUCAGGGAGCAGCUGUUGGGGAUCCUAGCAGGAGCGGGCAGAGGGGACGUGGAUUUGUGCACCCCGCUCAUGGGCGCCUACGAUCCAGAUCUUUAUGAGACCAACAACGAGCUUGGCGUGUCCAUGUUGAAGUCUUUUAACAGCGUCAUGGGGAACUUCAUAGAGACCAUCACAGAAGUCAACGACAGGAGGGCACAAAAGAACAAUUAACCAGUUGGAGCAUUUCGAUGCAAUGUACAUGUUUGUGUUCAUGUAGAAUUCAGUGACUUGAUUUUACUUCUGACUAAUAGCUGAUCUUCGGGGUAGCCCGUCUCCAUACAGCAUUAAUCUAAUAGCACACUUCCCCAAAUGAUUUUUUGUGUGCUUACUAAACAAUAAAAAAUAGCACCAAAUACUCAAAUGGCUUCAACAUACGGUGCUUCCUUGACACCAAGAUAACACCAGAUGGAGCAGAAGCAAUAAUUUUUUUGAGUAAAUAAAGAUAUCGGUAACAAAAGAAAAAAAACUGCAAAUAGAAAAAUUGAGGAAUAUGGGGCAAAACAAAAAAAAGUAGGACUCAUAUUCCAAAGCAUUAGUUUUUUUUCCAAAAUCAUACAUUUGGAGAAUAAAAUUUACAAUAAAGUGUAACAUUUUUGUGAAGAAAAGUUAUCUAUCGAGACAUUUUUUUCAUACCCCGAAGGAUGACUUCUUUCCUAGAUUUUUUUUUUUU